AUGGAAACAGCACGUCUAAAGCUCGAGCCAAUCGAUCUCGCCCACCUAGAGGGCUUCCACCGUAUCUGGUCAGACCCCGAUACGACGCAAUGGAGCUCGCGAGGCGUCAGCAAGACUAUGGAAGAAACCAAGGGCAGAAUAACCGGAAUUGUCCCUGACAAAGCCCGCCCCGGCAUCGACAACUACGGCGUCUUCAUUCGCGCCCCUACCAACUCAGACGAAUCCCACGUCAUCGGCAUCGUAGGCGUCCACAAAGACGAUCCCGUCCCUGAACUGGGAUACCUUUUCCACCCCUCCGCUUGGGGAAAGGGAUACGCGACAGAGGCAGUAUCUACUUUCGUCCAGCACUAUUUCACUCUCAGGCCAGAGGCGCCUUAUAUCGAGGCCAAGAUUGAUGCGAAGAAUCUGCCUUCGAUACGGGUGCUGCAGAAGUGCGGGUUUGAUGAGAUCGAGACGUUGGUUGGUGGGGCGGAAUCGCCGUGGAUGGAUCCUCCUAUUCGGGACUUGGUUGUGUUUCGGGCGAUGAGGAAAUAG